AUGGGCUCGUGUCUUCAUGCGGAGCUGCUAUGUGCGUUCCGCGUGCGUUUUGAGUCGGUCGUUAAUGCUUCUGAUCUACAAAACAGCCGCGUAUCUUUUAUUGAGGGGUCAGAGUCGUAUACAACUUCAGAGUUGUAUCGCUUCUUUGACCUGUCUAAUAUCGAUGUUUCUUGCGCUAGUAGCGUGAGAGAGUUACUGGACCGCGAUUUCGUGGAAAGCAUUAGGCUACUAGACUCGACUCCUCCUGAGAAUGUACGUCUAUCAGCAUUGUAUCCGUUGCUCCGACGCAUUCUGAUUCUAACUGAGGGUUACCUUCGCCAAGUGAGUAGCGGUUCUCGAUUUGAAGGCAGCGUGGCACAAGGUUAUUCUUCCUCGUUUCUGGACUUACCUUUGUACACUAUUUUGGACGAUGUGUACGGUAAGGUUUGUGGCCAUGCGAUGCAGCGCGAAAAGAUGCUGUCUGGAUUGUCCAGUAUAUCCUCUUUGGGUUCUAGCAAUUUGGAGAACGUGCUUGUAGGCGCGAGUACUUUAGCUAACUUGUUAGUGCCUAUAAUAGCGCAUGCUUUUGAGAACUCUGUUGCUGACGAAUUGGAGUCAACAUUGGCUGUAUUUACUUUCGGUGCUCUUCAGCGGAUAUCUGCCCUGUUUCUUUUGCUGGUAGUGGUUGACCAGAGUAUUAAUCCUUCUGAUGGUGUCGCACCUGAGAGUAAAGAUGAACGUAUUAUAGUCCUUUCUGGUGAUUUGAUUUCCAAUGAGAACAUGAAGCAUUUAGAGUUUUUGUGCACCGAGACGUUGCAAAAGGCUUUGAUGACCAAGGUUACAGAUCAUUAUUUGGCAGUGUCAUGGCAAGAGGAUGUAGUCUUACCAGUUUUACGUAUGUUAGAGAGUGCUUUUCUUUCUUGCGGUAAACUUGUUAUUCGUCGUGAGUCCCUCGCUGACCUGGUCCUAACGACUACUGUGAUGUUUGUGUCUAAGAUUCCUAACGACUGUCCUCCUUCUCGAAGCACUGUGGAGCUUAUAUUAGUCUUGGGUCGUAAGUUUUUGGGUAUGUUUUCGCAAGGCACUGAACAAGUAAACGUUGCACUAUGGUCCCACUUCAAUGCCCGUCUAUCGCAUGUAUUGAAGGUUCAGCAUGAUAAGGAAGCUGAUAAGUCUGCUAUUGUUGAAUCCUCCUCUAAUACGCCUACCGACCAAGGUCCAGGUAAAUUGGGCUUGAUCUCCACGGGGUCUACGUCAUCGGCAUCGCAAGGAAGUUCCAAUGCGUCAUCUCCGCGUCCGGUAUCACUUAGCGUGAGCGCUUUGGUUGGCGAGGGUGAGUUGAAGAGCGUAUUGAUUGCGUUUGUGGCAUCUUUGAAAUACUAUGAGCGUCAUGUUCCGGAUCUUUUUGAUAUCCUGUUUGGUGCUUAUAGGCGUAAGACCGACGUGGAGAUCGUAGACUGCCUGUCACGUCUUUAUGUUCAAUUCUCUAGUCUGGUUCAACUUGUGGAUUCGUUAUUUUACAUUACCCGGCGUUCUCCAAAUAGAGAGCUUCGCGGAUUAUUUGAUCAAGCGAUUGGUUCUCUGUGGUCUAUAAUCCAAUUAUUAGGCAGCCGGUUACCAUUUGAAGUGUUGAAAGCAUGUUUUUACGACUUGGGUAGCGAUUUUCAUUCUUGUAAUAUCGCUGCACAGAUAUGUUGUUUUAAAUCACUUCCUUGGGAUAUAUCUGUUCUUCGUGCAUGUUAUGAAGAGCAAAAUGCAGUUUACAAUUUUCGUGUGGAUAUGUUACGUGUUCUUUUGCGUAACUCUUCACGGUCUUGUUCGUUUUGUAUAUCCUACGGUUUAAAAAGGCCUAGGAAUAUCAGGAGCGCCUAUUUGACCAUAUCGUCUGUUUUUAUAUCUCGUUGGUUUGUGACAGAGCUUCUGUUUUGUGACAUUUAUGAGAACUACGGGUUGAUAGAUGCUUUCGUUGAGUGGUGUCACAGCGAUCGAUUGGAAGAGUACAUGUUAUCUCGGUUCCUUUGUCGUACUAUCGUUCGGUUGUCGAAAGAAGACGAGUCGUUUGUGGAUAGUGCACGUUAUCUGCUGGAUAUAUUAUUGGGAGUGUGUAUGCAUCAUGAGCCUAUAUCUGAGGGUAUGCUUGGCGUCCUUCGUCCACUUGACCCCGGUCGCGUGAAUGCGUUUGGUUGUCUUGGGGUGGUGUUUAGUAGCGGGUUGUUCACGGAAUGGUUGAUGCGUCAUAUAAUUAUGCCAUCUACUUGUGCCUUCGUGAAGAAUGUUAAAGAACAUCUUUCUGUUUUUUUAGGCCCUGAUGCGGAACCAUGGUCAUACGAGUGUUACUUUGUGGUUGAUGGUUCUGGGUGUGAAUGUUCAUCUGCCUGUAUAGUUGGCAGCUCUCAAGGUAUCUUACCAUAUCUGGAAUUGUUAUCUGUUAUCCCUAGUGCAUGUUAUGACAUUGAAGGUUCUGAUGCGUUAUCACGGAUGUUCCGUCACAUGCUUGAUGUGCUUUGUAGCCUCGUCGUGACCUUUGUGCAGGUGCUCACCGACCGGAAAGAUUGUGGCGAUAUCCUUUUGCGUUAUAGUCUUUUUGUGCUUUCAGUACGUCUUGCAAGGGUAUUGGUGUGUAUUGGUAAGUUUGGUCGCAAGGACGUGGAGGUUGUGUCUCUGUUAAAAUUAUUUUCUCUAUUAGGCAACCCUCAAGUAUGUGUGAUCGACGAUGCGCACAGUUAUUUGUGUGUGAUAUCGGAUGCUAUAUGUAUAUUUCACUGGAUAUUUGAGCAUGUGCCUGUGAAGGAGCAGUUACUCAAGUUGCACCGUGGUUUUUUGACAGUGUUAUUGUCAAAGAUGGGUCGUUUUCCUCUCUUUCUGCUUCGCCACGAGCUUUAUAAUAACGUGCCUCGUGCUAUGUUUGAGCAGUUGAGUGGUUAUUUUUCAAGUAUUUUAGAGAAGUCACGUUCCCUUGGUCUGUACUAUGGUACUCUGUAUAGUUUGAGCAUUUGGAAUGCUUUGCGUCGAUACGGUAUAGAGCGUGUUGAUUUGAGUGAGGCUUACGUUGAUCGUGGACUUUGUUCUUCCGGUUCAUCUACUGAUUUGCGUAUAACGGUGAACAUCGCGUCUUCUUGCGAGUUACGGGCUUCUAAGGUUGAUGACAUCCUCGCAGAGCUGAAGACCCUGACGCUGUUGGAGACAUCUGAGCUCGUUAAAAAGAUCGAGGAGACCUUUGGUGUAUCUGCUAGCAUGGCAGUAAGUGCUGCUCCGGCUGCUUCUGGUGUUCCUGCAAUAGCUGCUGCGGUCGCUGAAGAUGAUGACGAGGAAGAGAAGCCUCGUAAGACGUCUUUUGAGGUUGUUUUAUUAGAGCGUCCUGAGGAGCAGAGUGUGCGUAUGGCGUUGUUCCGCGUUUUACGUAAGGUGAUGCCGGACAAGCCUUUGACUGAGGUCAAGGCUGCUAUUGACAACGCUCCCACCACUCUUAAGGUUGUCGGUCGUGAGGAGGAGGCUAAGGAGGCGCUUAAGAUAAUCGAGGGUGCUGGUGGCAAGGGUGAAAUUCGUUAA